AUGGGCGAGUCCUCCUCCUCCGCCGCCGCAGCUGCAGCCACAGCCUCCAUCCCCCCCCUCGCAGCAGCAGACGAACCCGACGCGGCCCUCUCCCCACUCUCGCUCACCAUCCGCUUCACCAACGCCCUCCCCGACACGCCCCUCUUCGUCUCCUCCGCCACCACCACCACCGUCUCCGCACUCAAGCAGCAGCUGCGCGACACCCUCCCGCCCGACCACGCCCGCCGCCGUCUCCGCCUCAUCUACGCCGGAAAAGUCCUCCCCGACACCGCCACCCUCGCCUCCCAGAUCGCCACUCCCCGCCCCCCCAGCGGAAAAGGCAAAGAGCGCGCCACCGAUGACAGCCACACCCGCCCCGUCUACAUCCACUGCAGCGUCGGCGAUGUCCUCACGGACGCCGAGCUCGCCGCCGAGGCCGCAAACGAAAAGAUGACAGCGCCAGAGGCGGCCCCCGCGCCGCCGCGCACAACGCUGCCGCAGCCGCUGGGCUUCGACCGGCUGCUGUCGGCGGGCUUCUCGGAGGCGGACGUGGCGAGCCUGCGCCUGCAGUUCAACCGGCUGCACGGGUACUCGCGCGACGAGGAGGAGAACGCGCGGCUACUGGAGGACCGGUGGAUCGAUGAGAGCGCGGGGCAGGGGCAGGAGCUCGCCGACGGGAGCCCCGCGGGCAGCUAUGAGGAUAUGUUUGUGGGCAUGGCGAUUGGGUUCUUUUGGCCUGUGGCGAUAUUCUUGAUGAGGGAGGAGGGGGUGUUUAGUAAGAGGAGGCAGAUGGCCGUGGUGGCGGGGCUGUUGGUGAAUUUGGCGUUUUCGGUGUUGAGGAUUUCGUCGUAG